AGCUGCUUUCGCGAAAAUGUCAUCAUUUCCGUCACUUGCCUUUCACUCUUUUCAAAUAAAAGUGCGAGAAACUUGUCAUCACUGCAAAUCAGUUUCAGAAUCAAGCUCGCGUUCGGUAUGUCUCGGAACAAACGUUUCUGGCUGCACUUGUUUCAUAAUUUUAUAAGGACCUUCUUCUCAGGACAAGCAAGCAAUACGCAAAUCCUUAGCUAAAGAAAUACGCGAAAAUUCAACACAUUUGCGAAACUAAAUGCUCAGCUUUAAAUCGCACUUAAGCCUCUUCAGGUGAAGAACCGUCGAGUGGGAUCCGAGGGAGACCCGUCGUGUAUGCAAGCGUGAUGACGUUACUUUACUCGAUAAAAGGGAGCUUGCUUUUUGCUUAAGGAACCUCUUUGCCUCAAAAAUACAUCAACGAGAAGAAAUUCUUAAACAUGACUAUGUAAUUUUGUAGAAGCCUUUUCUCCUUUGAACCAACACCUGAAGCUCUAUAAAGUAUUUUGAAACUAACCGACCCAGAAAAAUCAUCCCCUCUCGACCCCUUAACACGUGCUCAGGAAACUAAGUGGACUACAAAGACUUAGUUCAUUUCAUUAAAAAUCAGAGUUCAUCAAUUUUUUCAAAGCCAAACAUCUGUGUAAUGCAAAUCGUGCUUUGUAAAGACAAGUGGUGUAAAAUCGAGACGAAGAUAAUGAGAACACUUCUCAGAAGAUCUUUUGCAGCACGGAUAAGCAUCAAAGAGCUUCUGGCUUCAAAGGCGCACUAAAACUAUAAAACAUUCAUCUUCAGGAAGUCAUCAAAGUUGAAGAAUUUUUUAAUCAAAACACAAAUGGGAAAAAGGCUUUUCUACAAUUUCAAUAUCGAUUUUUGAAAGGAGAACAACAAUUAAAUUAAGCUCAGAUCUGAAAGAAAGGGUGAUUUAUUUUUUCAAUAGUAUAGAGAAAUUUAUUCAAGAUUAAUCGAAAAAUGACUGUAACACAUAGAGAUAAAGAUGGAAAGGUUGUGUGGACGCAACAUUGGGGGCCGGAGAGACUCGUGGAAAUCUAUAGAGAACCGGAAACGAGUCUGGGACUUAGCAUCGUUGGUGGAAAGGUAGAUCUGGUGAAUACUACGAGUUCAAACAAUACAAACGUGUCCGGAGUUUUCAUAAAAAAUGUAGCACCCAACACUCCUGCUGGAAGAGCGAGAGAGUUGAAGACGGGAGACAGAAUAAUCGAAGUGGACGGAAUAGAUUUGCGGAAUAGUACAUAUGAAAAAGCUGUCGAGGUGAUUCAGGCCUCUGGAAAUCCAAUAUGUCUUCUAGUUCAAUCAUUGGUUCAUAUGGAAGAUACGGAAGAGCCUCAUGGAAGGACGGAUUUCGUAAAACAAAUGUCUGAGAAGAAACCGGAAGUUACUCAACCUAGUUCAAUGCGCAGGUCUUCCAUGAAGAAGUCAGUGCGUUUAAAAGCCCCAUCUCCACCAAGGGAAUCGAAAACGAUACAAGAAGUUAAAGAAGAGGAACCGAAAGAAGCACCUAUUCAGAAAUCAAAAGUAACAUCUAUAGAGAAACCGAGAGAAUCCUCUUUAGAGAAACCGAAAGAAUCCUCUUUAGAGAAACCGAAAGAAUCCUCUGCAGAAAAACCACCACCAACGCGAAAAUAUUCCUCAGAGGAAAGUUCAGACGACGAAGAAGAUACUCGGGAUUUGGAAGGAAAUGUUUACACAAAAGCUGGAGUUGAAAUUUCGAGAAAAAGUGCGGGAAAUGUUAAACGAAGCAAGGCAGAAAUCGAUGCUGACCCUGAAGAAGAGGAUGAAUUCGGUUACACAAAAUUGAAGGUUCAGAAGAAAUAUAGCAAUUUUGGAAAAACGAUCUUAAUGGUCAGGUUGGAAAAGAACAGACGAGGAUUAGGCAUAUCAAUAGCUGGGCAUAAAGACAGGAAUAAAAUGGCUGUUUUUAUCUGCGGCUUAAAUCCAAAAGGAGCCGCUUUUCAGAACGGCGAACUUAAAGUUGGUGAUGAAAUAUUAGAGGUGAAUGGCGUUGUAGUGCAUGGGAGAUGUCACCUGAACGCUUCAGCGCUCAUCAAAGGAAUUCCAGGUCCCGUAUUCAACAUUAUUGUAUUUCGGAAAUUUGGUCGGGAUGAUUUAUCAGUAAAGCCAAUUACUCAAUUCCCGCCCACUAUAGACGAUGAGGCAGCUUUUAGCCAAUACAAAGGAGUACACAUUGUAUCAAUAAAAAAGGGCCACUAUGGUUUGGGUAUCAUGAUUAUCGAAGGAAAACAUUCUGAAGUAGGGCAAGGAAUUUUUGUCUCGGACAUUCAAGAAGGAAGUGCGGCUGAAAUAGCUGGAUUACAAGUUGGAGAUAUGAUUCUUGCUGUUAACAUGGACUGUUUACUUGGAUCAACCUACGACCAGGCAACAAGUCUUUUGAAGAAAACCGAGGGGGUCGUAAAUCUUACGGUGUGUAAUCCAAAUCAAACUAAAGUUGUUAAAGAGGAACAAGAAAAAGAAGCGGCCAUCAAAGAGGGCAGGGAUCCAAAAAAAAUUGAACCUGUUAAAGAACCAGAAAAGCCACCUGAACCAGAAGGAUCGAAGGAUCCUAAGGAUUGCAAAAUAAAUGUCGGAAAAGAUACGACGAUCGAAUUUCCGAAAGAGAAAGACAAGGGAAUUGGUUUCAUUGUAAUAGGAGGAGCUGACACACCUCAUAACGGAGUUUUCGUUCUGGAUGUGUACCCGGAUGGAGCAGCUGGCAAAGACGGACGUAUACAACCAGGAGAUCGUGUAGUGGAUGUUAACAAAGAAACCUUUAAGACGAUAGAACAAGAUAAAGCUUAUCAAACUGUUUUAAAGGUUGUCAACGGACCUGUUCACAUGAUAGUUAAUCGUGACGCAAAGGCUGUGGAGGAAUUUGAUGUGGAACUUCAGAAAAAAUCCGGCAAAGGAUCUGGACUUUGUCUGAUCGGCUAUAAAAGUGGAAAAGGAGCCUAUGUUUCCGAAGUGGUGCCUGGGGGUUGCGCCGCCGAAAGCGGAAAAAUUCUAAGAGGUGACCGAAUAAUUUCAGUGGGUGGCCAAGAUCUUCGUGAUGCCCCCGUCGAGGAAAUAGCAGUUCACGUAAAAAUUUCCAACCCAGUGCAACUAAAACUGGCCAGAUAUAUAGUCAAGUAACAGGUUGAAAUUUUUGAAAUUUCAUCGCCUGUUUUGAUACAGACGGGAUUUGAAAUAAACUGUGGAAAAUCGCAGCAAACAAAAACUUAUCAUUGGACUAGAUCAGUAUUCGUUACCAAUGAAAACGUGCCACGCAAUGACUGGCGUAAAAAAUAUGAGCCAAAAUUUGCCACGGAAUCUACCAAAAUUUUCAUAACAAAGUUCUCUCCACGAAAUUACGAGAAACAAAGAGGGAAACUGAUAUCGAUUAUGAAGCUCUUAGAUCGGUUCUAACGUAUGUGAUAAUUAAAUUAAUUAAUUCUAAUAAUGAACUAAAAUAUUCCAAAAAUUAUAAAGAACUUCACGUUGAAUUCUAUUUAAUAUUAUAAAGAGUUUACUAAUUUAUAUUUCGAUUUUGAGGCAUAUUUUGCCGCCAGUCGUUGUAUUUAGUACUAGAGAUUCGCAAAAGUGUAUUGAACAAGGAACAAUUUUUUUGUCAGAGUUCCCAACAAACACAUAACAUUUUAUAUACCUAUCCUGGAUAUAUUGAAUGUAGCAAACCCUACUAUAAUCCAAAUUCUAUUUCAAUCUUUGCGAGGUAAGGAAUUGAGAGAUUUGCUCGAGUACAAAAAAAUACUAAUUCUCUGAGUGUCGCAGCCGACUGAAAAUUAUAUCGAGCAAAAAAAUAAGAGAGGCUUCUAAGCGAUUUAAUCAAAAUAAAUAUGAGUCGAUGACACGAAAUUGGAAAAGUAGAUUUUCGAAACUUGUACAAAAAAUGAAUUGAAAAAACACGUAUAAUAAAACUAGUAAUUUAGCUAUAUGGAUAUGACGCCACUCACCGAUUGAGCAAGGUUCUGUUCUAUGUUGAGUUACCGACAUAAGGUAAUUACCAUCCGUCGGUAAUGCAGAUUUACCAUUGGUCGGCAAGGGGCGUCAUAGCUGUAUAGCUAUACUACUAAAACUGCCAACUAUGCUAUUCUGGUUCACGGAUCGAGAUUUUGAAAUCAAUUUUUCUCAAAUUCAGUGUCAGCAAUAAGAAACAACACAAACUUCUUAUAAAAUGCUUAAAAAUUAUAUCAGACAGACAGAGAGAAAGGCAGUAAUUGUGUCCGUCCGAACGUUCACCAGUUUGUCCACAUAAGGAAGACCAGUAUCGAAACAUCUGGGAUUGUCCCAAAUUUGUAACUUUUAUAGCAUUUUGCUUUUGUACGAUAGAAUAAAUUUUGUGAUAAUUGGAUGUUUUAUAAGACAACGAUAACCCGGACUUUAAUGAUUCCUAACGGUCCUUUUGUGGAUCUGUCCGUAAAAAAUUAAUCUGCCUAUCUCUCUGUGUGACCCACCCUUUAAAAAGGCCCUAAAAAAUGGUCGAUCUAUUUUUCAGUCUGGCAUCUUAAAAGGCAACUUUCACUCCCUUCAAAUUAUUUAUUACUACUGAAUCCUCUAGGAUUAAAGCACCUUUUAAAAUUUUCCGAGUUUUCAAUUGUAAUUUGCAAUUUCAAAUUUAUAAUUGUAAUUUGUAACUGCAUUUGCUAAAAGCGAUUCCAGCGAGAAAUUUUCACUUUUUAUUUACAGUAGUUAGAUACUAAUCAUAAUAGAUUGAGUGAAACGUUUUUCAGUACAAAGGAUGAUGAUAGAAUGUAACAUUCACAAAGUAUCGAACGCAGAGUAUUGUAAUUCGCUUUAGAGUAAAGCUCCUCGAUAUAUAUUUUAGAAUGGUUCAAAAAACAAUUUUUUAAGUUAAAAUAUUGUUUGUGCUUGUCGAGGUUUUUGAAAAAUAAUGCACGGAAUUUUGGUUCAAUGUGCGAAGAAAUUGAAAUUGAAGAAAUCUAGUGACAAAAUCAACAGAAGAAUACAUUUUUCAUUUGUCCUUUUAUCAAAAUACGUAACAUCAUAAAUUAAAAGUUUUUCACUUUUAAAAUUAAAUUUAUUACAAUUUCCAUGAUUAAAAAUUGUCAAACUAGAAACGAUAAAAAGUAUCCAAAAAAUCUCCAAAGAGUGGAAAAAAGUUGAGAAAGUUUUUGUCUUUUAAAAAAAUCGUUUUUCGGACCAUCCUAAUAAAUUAAUAAAAUAUCGUUUCCAGUAUAUGUACUUUUAUCUUAGCACCAGGAAAUAUUUAUGAAGGAAUGUUAGUACAGUUUUCAAAAAAAGUACAUUUAGCGAAAGUUUAUCAGCAUUGCCUAAGUCCGUCGUACUAGUGAUAGAAGAGCUUUAAUGGGCGAUUUAGCCAUUUUAUCAUAAAAUCAUAAGUUCGUUGCGGAAGUAAAAAAAUUGAAAAAAAACACGAGUAUUAUAUUUACUUCUGGAAAAAGGGAACACGAGAGGAUUCCGACUUAUAUCGGAUUCUCUUAUUAUAAAUGUAGUUUUUGCGUAUCCGCGCUGGUAGGAGGAAUUAUACUACAGUGAUAAAUAUUAUAUAAUAUAGUAUACUUUACAAGCGUGGAUUUGAGAACAUGUUUAAAAAAAUUAGAAUUAAAAAAAAAACAUGUUUGUUGAUCCAGACUUUUAGAUUUACGUCUUAGAGUAAAUACGAUGAGUUAUUCUUUAAAAUUAAAUUAUAUUGAAUAAAUGUUCUUUUUUAAAAGUA